UCACAACCCACAUACUGCAUGCACACGCGCGCGCGCGCGCGCACACACACACACACACACACACACGCUGCAUGCUGCAUACACAAGUCACAUGGGAAAUAAACUCCUGUCCCAGCUCCAAACAGACCCCAUCUCUGGCUCAACUGCUGUCAUCCUAGACCUGUUUAUUUUGCUACAUUUCUAAAAUCUGCCAGUGCCUGCAAAAAGAAGACAUGGGAGGUUUUCUACCCAAGGCAGAAGGGCCCGGGAGCCAACUCCAGAAACUUCUGCCUUCCUUUCUGGUCAGAGAACAAGACUGGGACCAGCACCUGGACAGGCUUCACAUGCUGCAGCAGAAGAGGAUUCUAGAGUCUCCACUAUUUCGAGCAGCCAAGGAAAAUGACCUGUCUGUCCUUAGGCAACUUCUACUGGACCGCACCUGUGACCUCCGACAAAGAGGAGCCCUGGGGGAGACGGCACUGCACAUAGCAGCCCUCUAUGACAACUUGGAGGUGGCCUUGGUGCUGAUGGAGGCUGCCCCAGAGCUGGUCUUUGAGCCCACCACAUGUGAGGCUUUUGCAGGUCAGACUGCACUGCACAUCGCUGUUGUGAACCAGAACGUGAACCUGGUGCGAGCGUUGCUCACCCGCAGGGCCAGUGUCUCUGCCAGAGCCACGGGCACUGCCUUCCGCCAUAGUCCCCGCAACCUCAUCUACUUUGGGGAGCACCCUUUGUCCUUUGCUGCCUGUGUGAACAGCGAGGAGAUCGUGCGGCUGCUCAUCGAGCAUGGAGCUGACAUCCGGGCCCAGGACUCCCUGGGAAACACAGUGUUACACAUCCUCAUCCUCCAGCCCAACAAAACCUUUGCCUGCCAGAUGUACAACCUGCUGCUGUCCUACGACAGACAUGGGGACCACCUGCAGCCCCUGGACCUCGUGCCCAAUCACCAGGGUCUCACCCCCUUCAAGCUGGCUGGAGUGGAGGGUAACACUGUGAUGUUCCAGCACCUGAUGCAGAAGCGGAAGCACAUCCAGUGGUCAUAUGGACCCCUGACCUCCAUUCUCUAUGACCUCACGGAGAUUGACUCCUGGGGAGAGGAGCUGUCGUUUCUAGAGCUUGUGGUCUCCUCAGAUAAACGAGAGGCUCGUCAGAUUCUGGAACAGACCCCAGUGAAGGAGCUGGUGAACUUCAAGUGGAGCAAGUACGGGCGGCCGUACUUCUGCGUCCUAGCUGCCUUGUACCUGUUCUACAUGAUCUGCUUCACCAUGUGCUGCGUCUACCGCCCCCUUAAGUUCCGUGGUGGCAACCGCACUCAUUCUCGAGACAUCACCAUCCUCCAGCAAAAACUACUACAGGAGGCCUACAAGACACGUGAAGAUAUCAUCAGGCUGGUGGGGGAGGUGGUGAGCGUCACUGGGGCUGUGAUCAUCCUGCUCCUAGAGAUCCCAGACAUCUUCAGGGUUGGUGCGUCUCGAUAUUUUGGACAGACGACUCUUGGGGGGCCAUUCCAUGUCAUCAUCAUCACCUAUGCCUCUCUGGUGCUGGUGACCAUGGUGAUGCGGCUCACCAAUACCAAUGGGGAGGUGGUGCCCAUGUCCUUUGCCCUGGUGCUGGGCUGGUGCAGUGUCAUGUAUUUCGCCCGAGGAUUCCAGAUGCUGGGCCCCUUCACCAUCAUGAUCCAGAAGAUGAUUUUUGGAGACCUAAUGCGUUUCUGCUGGCUGAUGGCUGUGGUCAUUUUGGGAUUUGCCUCCGCGUUCUAUAUCAUUUUCCAGACAGAGGACCCAACCAGUCUGGGGGAAUUCUAUGACUACCCCAUGGCACUGUUCAGCACCUUCGAGCUUUUUCUCACCGUUAUUGAUGCGCCUGCCAACUACGAUGUGGACUUGCCCUUCAUGUUCAGCAUUGUCAACUUCGCCUUUGCCAUCAUUGCCACACUGCUCAUGCUCAACCUGUUCAUCGCCAUGAUGGGUGACACCCAUUGGAGGGUGGCCCAGGAGAGGGAUGAGCUCUGGAGGGCCCAGGUCGUGGCCACCACAGUGAUGCUGGAGCGAAAGCUGCCUCGCUGCCUGUGGCCUCGCUCCGGGAUCUGUGGGUGCGAGUACGGGCUGGGGGACCGCUGGUUCCUGCGGGUUGAGAACCACAAUGAUCAGAAUCCUCUGCGAGCGCUUCGCUAUGUGGAAGCAUUCAAGAACUCAGACAAGGAGGAUGACCAAGAGCAUCUUUCUGAGAAACAGCCCUCUGGGGCUGAGAGUGGGACUCUAGCCGGAGCCUCCCUGGCCUUCCCAAAUUCCUCCCUAUCCCGGACCACGUCCCAGAGCAGCAGUCACCGAGGCUGGGAGAUCCUUCGUCGAAACACCCUGGGGCACUUGAAUCUUGGACUGAACCUUAGUGAGGAGGAUGGAGAGGAGGUCUACCAUUUCUGAUUAGCAUCACUGUCACUCUUGACCUUACUCCCGGUUAGUCUGGGGGUGGGGACAGACACAGAGACAUCUGCCUAUGCAAGUGUCUAACUUCUGUGCCUGUUAAUCAUGGGAGGAUGGGACAGGAGAGUCCAUAAGGGGCCAUGUCUCACACUUCACAUGAGAAUUUCUGGCAAUGGACAACGGUCAUCUAUUGUCUUACGUAUUUUCUGGGUUCUUGUAAGUCCCACAUCUCAGGAAAAAGGAAGUCGGCAACUAAAGACAUGUGGUAGGGAUGCUAGAUUAAUGUCAGGACCAUUUCUCUUCUGCCCCACACAGUCCCUAGAAAGUAGUAAGCUGUGGCCAGGUGUGGUGGCUCAUGCCUGUAAUCCCAGCACUUUGGGAGGCUAAGGC